AUGCAGGAGGAAGAAACAUACACCUCUCUUCAGUGGGAUAAUCCAACACCAAACCCUUACCAGAAACAUCUGUCUUCCACCAACAAUUCAGGAACAUGGUGUCUUGUGAUGGUGGUUUUAUGUAUCCUCUGCAUAGGCUCAUUAGCAACCUCCAUUUUCUUGGGUGUCAAGUUGUUCCAGGUGUCCACUACUGCAAUGAAGCAGCAAGAAAAACUCACCCAACAGGACAGAGUACUGCUCAAUUUCACACAAUGGAAGAGAAACCAUGGCCUGCAGAUGAAAUAUUGCCAAAGGUUGAUACAGAAGUCUUUCAGUUCAGCCUGUAACUGCAGCCCUUGUCCAGACAACUGGAUUCACAAUGGAGAAAGUUGUUACCAUGUCUUUGAAAGCUGGACAAUUUGGCGCAAGAGUAGAGAGGAUUGUUGGAAGGAGGGAUCUAAGCUUCUACAAAUAGACAGCAAAGAAGAAAUGGACUUUAUCACUGGCAGCCUGAGCAAGAUCAAAAGAAACUAUGAUUACUGGGUGGGACUGUCUCAGGAUGGGUCCAGCCAACCUUGGCUUUGGCAAGACGGCUCCUCUCCAUCCCCUGAUCUGUCACCAAUACGGGGACCCCAAUCAACUAACCAGGUCUGUGGAUACCUCAGAAACAACGGCCUUUCUUCCGCUAACUGCAGCACUUGGAAAUAUUUCAUCUGUGAGAAAUACGCAUUAAGAUCUUCUCCCUGA